CUCUCCACCACAAGCACAAGGAAAGAACACCACAAAUUAGUACGUACCAACACUCCAUCAACUUCAAAAAUGUCUGGUUGGUUUCAAGAGAAGUCCGGCGACGCCACCAAGACGGCGUCCGAGACGGGGCAGACCAUUCAAGACCGCGCCGUCGAGGCAAAAGACCAGACCGGGGCCUUCCUUGGUGAGAAAAGCGAGGCUGUCACGAAGGCUGCCUCCGAGACUACCGAGGCGGCUAAAAAGAUGGGCGGCGAGGCCAUGGGGAAGGCGUCCGAGACGGUGGAAGCCGGUAAGGAUCACGCCGUCGAGGGCAAAGACCAGACAGGCAGCUUUUUCGGCGACAAGACUGACGCUGUCAAGAAGACGGCCACCGAGACUGCCGAUGCCACCAAGGAGAAGUCCACCGAGGCCGCCCAGCAUGUCCAGGACACCGCUGCACAGUACACCAAGGAUACCCCGGUCGCCCCCAAGGAAAACGUCUUCCAGCAGGCCGGCGGGAAUAUGGUGGGUGCCGCUACAGACGCCAAGGACGCUGUCAUGAACACGCUCGGGAUGGGAGGAGACAAGUGAGAUGCGGGUGGUGCCACCAAGAAGACCACAAAGGAUAAUAGGCGCGUCUGCGCUUGCUUGCCCUAGCCCUCCUUCUGUUUCGCUAUUCCUUCAAUAUAAUUUAAUUUCCAGUUCCAUGGCACUAAUUUACACAUGCUCCUUGGUGUAACUUUGUAUGAUGUAUCCGACCGAGGUAUGAAUAUAUUUUCCACCAAUCAUAAUCAACACGAGUGAUUUGGAUGUUGCACA